AUGUACCGCAUCCUCCCAUCCUGCUCUCACCCGCCAUAUCAGCCACUCAGCCGGACUUCAUCGUCAUCCGGAGACGGGGGAGGCCGAGACCGGGACCGGUGGGCCGAGGGAGAGAGGCUACACUACAUACCCAACCAGCUGCGAUGGGACCCGUUUGACCACGACACCUCCGGCCGCCACGACUUCAUAUCGGGUAUGCGCCUGGUAGCCGGGGCCGGAGACCCGCGCACCAAGCAGGGGCUCGGCAUCCUCGUCUACGCCGCGGGGAGGAGCAUGCCCGACGGCUCGGCAUUCUACUCGGCCGACGGGGAUCUGCUCAUCGUCCCGCAGGAGGGAGACCUCGACAUCCGCACCGAGCACGGCUGGCUCCUCGUGCGGCCCAUGGAGAUCUGCGUCGUGCCGCGCGGGGUGCGGUACCGCGUCCGUCUCCCGGGAGCGCAGCCCGCUCGCGGCUACGCCCUCGAGCUGUACCAGGGACACUUUGGCCUGCCGGAGCUCGGUCCCAUGGGGAGCAGCGGCCUCGCCAACCCCCGGGACUUCCAGUCACCCGUCGCCUCCUUCGAUGACGACGAUGACGACGAUGGCCACCACCGCCACGGCGGUGACGCUGAAGAUGCGAGGGGGGGCAGGAAGAAGAGGCGGAAGAGGGCGUACACCGUCACCGCCAAGUUCAACAACACCCUCUUCACUACGGAGCAGGACCACACCCCCUUCGACGUCGUGGCCUGGCACGGCAACUACCACCCGUUCAAGUACGACCUGGGACGCUUCAACACCGUCGGAUCCAUAUCGUACGACCACCCGGACCCGUCCAUCUUCACCGUGCUGUCCGCCCCGUCCGCCGUGCCGGGGACCGCCGUCGCCGACUUCGUCAUCUUCCCGCCCCGCUGGCUCGUGGGCGAGGACACCUUCCGCCCGCCAUACUACCACCGCAACACCAUGAGCGAGUUCAUGGGCUUGAUCUCGGGCGACUACGACGCCAAGAAGGGCGGUGCCGGUGGUUUCGCCCCCGGCGGCGCGAGUCUGCACACCGUCAUGUCCGGCCACGGGCCCGAUGCUGCCUCGCACGAGGCCGCGCGGGCGGCUGAGUUGGCACCCGUCAAGGUCGGCGCCGGGAGCUGCGCAUUCAUGUUUGAGACCUGCCUCGCCGUCGGCGUGUCGGAGUGGGGGUUGAAAACCUCCAGCAAGGUCCAGGAGGAGUAUAGCAACGAGAGCUGGGGUGGUCUCGUCAAGCACUGGGAGAAGCCGGAUGGGGUUGUAGUCAACAGCCACUUGCUAAGGGGAUGA